AUGGACGACAAUAGGGGUCAGAGAAGGCAGAAUGAACCGCCAAUCUUCCCCGCUCCAGGUUCAAGGCAUCAGCAGUCGCUGCAUGACCAAGCGCAGCAACGACGGCCGUUCGUGGGUGCUCAGGGGGAGAGGUUCAGGCCCGCGCCACUCAAUACUUCAGCUUCCGGUGCCGCCCGGGGGAUGGGCGGCUCAUCUACCUACAGUGGAUAUUAUCAAGAUACGUCAGCAGCGGGUUUCCCGCCAACGGCGAUGCCGCAGGGUGCGAUGAGCUACCACCACUCCACGGCCGACUACGGGCAGCCAGAUUCACGACAGGCCCAGAGCUUCGGGGGCACAUACACGCCGACAAUGAUGUACAAUGUGCAGCAGCCGGCGGGCCCGCAAAGCGGUGCUGUGUACGAUGCAAGCCAGCAGUUUUCUUCGCGGCAAGCUGCAGGAUUACCGAUGAUGACGACGGAUGUCACGGCCCCUUACUUCUCAAGCGAGCCAGCCAACACGGCGGCCACGUCUACCUUGCAGUCGCAGGCAGCGCCUUCUAGUACAGCACAGGUAUAUCAACAACCCGGAUUGCAUGGGUAUUCCACCGGCAGCAUGGCUACCAUUGGAGGGAUGACCACCCAGACUACUCCCGCUACCGACGUCAGGAUGGAGGAGGAGUACGCCGCCCCAGGAGGACUUGAUGAGGCCUAUGCGUCAUACCAAUCGGCCCUGAAAGAGAUCUUUCAAAACAUACGAAACGGGGUGCUGGCCACUGCCAGUGAAUCCCUCCUCAGCGUCUCGGACUGGCUUCUGUCGCAUGUUGUGGAAUUAGGCCUCACGUCUGACGAUCAGAAUCUGCACGGCGAGCGGAUCAAGUUGUGGAAUGACUUCAACCAUGCCUGGUUAGGCACCUUCCAACGUCAAAAAGAGAUGCUGGAGUCGGGACAACAACUUCAGCGCUCGCAAAGUUUGAUUUCGCAAGACGGACUGCAAAAAAUGGGCAAGGAACUAGUGAGGCUCUGCGACAGUAUCGAGCGUCACGGUCUCGUCGACUACCAGUACGGGGUUUGGGAGGAACGGAUCAUUGAUAUUCUUGAGGAAUGUCUGGAUCUGUAUGAGGCAUCAAACGCCUCAGCUGGCGGCAACGAGGCGUCUUCCAGCUCCCACCGUCGCUGA